AUGCUUGUUUAUAAAAAUGUUUCCUUGAUAAUACCUAAGAGAACAGUUGUCUUAAACAAUUUGUUGUUCCAUCAAAAAAGAAAUCGAAAAUUCGUAAAAUCUACCGAGUUUUCGAUUCUACUUUCGACUUUCGAAGCCCACCCGUCCUUCCCUAACUUUUCGAUAACGUCCACGGUGUGCAAGAGGGGUUUUGGAAGCGCGUUUUGUUGCAACUAUGCAACCGAUUCUAAAAAUAAUGCCCAUAUUUCUGCGGAACUGAUUCCGGAAAAUCGAUUUUAUGUUGCAAAAGAUUCGUCGAAGCAAUUUUACGAAAAUUUCCGUAAAUCGAUUAAGGAAGGAGGCGUCAAAGGAAUUACCUGCUCUUAUCAAGAAUUGUAUGAUUCAGAGGAUAGGAUACACUUGACACUCGAAGAUUAUAGUGAAACCAUAUCCAUACUACAAAAGUCAAACUCUGAUGGAGUUUUGACUCUCUUAAAUCGCAUGUUAGAAGACAUGCAAAAAUUAGGCUUACGACCAGGACAGCGAGAAUAUCACGCGCUUAUAUAUGCUAAUGGAUUACAUGGAAGAUUGUUGGAUUCACGGAAGAUACUGGACACUAUGAAGGACAAUGGUAUAGCGCGUUCUGACGUUACCUAUAGCGCAUUGAUCGAAGCGUUCAGACAAUCAUCGGAUCUGGAUGGUGCCUUACUAGUAUUUCGUGAGAUGCAGGAAAAUGGAGUUAAGCCUAAUUCCACGACAUAUAGUUCAUUAAUUGAUUUAUAUUGUAAAAAAGGUGAUGUAGAAAAUGCUGGAGAACUUUAUCGCGAGAUGAUUGAAAUUGGAAUGUUGCCCGACGCGACAACAUUUGACGUCUUGCUAAAUAGUUACAUUAAUAUCGGCAAUAUUGAAAAAGCCGAAGAACUUCGUCGAGAGAUUAUAAAUAGCAAAGACACUAAAAUAUAUGAUAAGCUAAAAAUGAUGAAACGUCGAUCGGAAAGAGAUUCGAAGGAAUCGACCGAAUUUCAUGAUGAAUUGGCGAGCAACAACAUAAAAGCCGACAAAGCAGUUUCUAAUUUAUUACUUGAGGAGGGGAACAUGGAAAAAGUUAUGGAGCGCUUUCGGAAAAUGCUAGAUGAUGGAGUAGAACCGAGCUCCACGGUUCACAGUAAAAUUCUAACGGAAAUGAUAAAGUCGGGAGAUACGGAUAAAGCGGUGGAGUUAUUUCAACGUUUGAUGGUUAACGAAAGUUCCAAUGAACAAAAUUUUCGAACAUUUAAAAACUUCUUCCACAGAUUUCGAGACAAUCUAAAUUUGACCCGAGGAUUUUUACAAGAAUUGGUCGAUCGCAAUUUAGCAAUUGAUGACAAUGUGUACAAUGCCCUUAUUAGUAUUCACGUUGAGGAGUUGGACAUCGAUGGUGCAAUAGAGGUUUAUAAUAUCCUUAAGAAGCAAGGAAGAACGUUAAACGUUAUUUCAUUCACUAAUUUGACGAAGACCAUGAUCGUAUCUGGCAGAGAAGACGAUGCGAUGCAAUUUUAUUAUGAAGUCAAACAAACAGGAGUAAAUUUAGAUGUUCAAGGAUACACCACAUUGUUGGAUUCUUUCGUUAAAAUGAGGAGAAUUGCUGAAGCACAGAGGUUAUUUUCCGAUAUGCUAAGAUCCGAAGUGCGACCUAAUGUCAAGACUUACACCGUUCUUAUUAAUGGGCUGGGUCAACAAUAUGAUUAUGAGGGAGUAAAGAAUAUACAUAGCAUAGUCAAAAUGGACCUCAAUGUCGAUUUGGAUAUGGGAAUUUAUAAUGCUUUAAUGGAUGCCUAUAACCGAUGUGGCUAUGUACUUCAAGUUUUGACAAUCUGGGAUUUACUGAUAGCCAGCGAACAACCUAUUAAUGACACCACAGUUUCAAUAGUUAUUGACUCUUGCGGUUACGGUCGAGAAAUUCGUAGACUUGUUCAGAUUUGGAAUGACCUUCGGGCCAAAAAGUUUCCCUUGACACUCGGCAAUUAUCAUUCGCUCAUCGAAGCCUUAGCUCGUAAUCAACUUUUUGAUGAAGCUAAAUAUAUUCUAUUUAAUGAAUUGGUAGCCGAGGGAUUUACUCCAGAGGCGAAUACAAUAAGACCACUAUUGAACUUUUUACAUGACAUUCCAGGCAAAAGCAGGGAUGAAUAUCAAGUUAUCGAAUGGGUUAGAAACAAUUACCCGAGAUUAGCCAAAGAAAUGAAAUUUACUAAUUACAAAAAAUAG